CAAACUGGUUGUCAAGCCAAGUGGAGGUUCGGCUUCACACAGGAUGAGGUGUGGCCGCGUGCGUGCGUAACCAUGGCACCAGGAGACGUGGUGCCAGAGCAUGGGAAACAGCACAGGCUGAGGGACAAAGUCGCAGCGCUGCCGUCAGGCGCAGAGAGCGAGGCGGACGGCUCGUUCGUGUUCGAAGCACACGAGGCCUGGAAGGAGUUCCACACUUCCCUCCGACAGUUCUAUGACAACGGAGAGCUCUGUGACGUCACACUCAAGGUGGGCACUAAGUUGAUACCAUGUCACAAGCUCGUCCUGGCCUGCGUAAUCCCCUACUUCCGUGCCAUGUUCCUCUCUGACAUGGCCGAAGCCAAGCAGGACCUUGUUGAGAUCCGUGACUUCGACGGCGACGCCAUACACGACCUGGUGCGCUUCGCCUACUCCUCGCGCCUCACACUGACCGUGGACAACGUGCAACCUCUGCUGUAUGCCGCCUGCAUCCUGCAGGUGGAGCUGGUGGCCCGCGCCUGCUGCGAGUACAUGAAGGCCCACUUCCAUCCCUCCAACUGCCUGGCCGUACGGGCCUUCGCCGAGAGCCACAACAGGGUGGACCUCAUGGGCAUGGCCGACCGCUACGCCUGCGAGCACUUCCGGGAGGUGGUGGAGUGCGAGGACUUCACCUGUGUGUCGCCACAGCACCUAAAGGCUCUGCUCGCCUCCGGAGACCUGAACAUCCACUCGGAGACGCAGGUUUACAACGCCGCCGUCAAGUGGUUGAAGGCAAACCCUCAGCACCAUGAGCUCUGGCUUGACCAGAUCAUGUCCCAGGUACGUUUGCCGCUUCUCCCCGUGGACUUCCUCACGGGCACGGUGGCUAAGGAGGAGACCUUCAAAUCCAACCUGAACUGCAGGGACUUGCUAGACGAGGCCAGGAACUACCACCUACACCUGAGCAACAAGAGCGUGCCUGACUUCGAGUACUCCAUCCGAACCACGCCCCGCAAACACACGGCAGGUGUGCUGUUCUGCGUCGGGGGUCGUGGGGGUUCUGGGGACCCGUUCCGCAGUAUCGAGUGCUACUCCAUCAGCAAGAACAGCUGGUUCUUUGGUCCUGAGAUGAACAGCCGACGCAGGCAUGUGGGAGUCAUCUCAGUGGGAGGGAAGGUAUACGCCGUGGGCGGCCAUGAUGGCAGCGAGCACCUUGGCAACAUGGAGAUGUUCGACCCUCUUACCAACAAGUGGAUGAUGAAGGCCUCCAUGAACACUAAGAGGCGGGGGAUAGCACUGGCUGCUCUAGGCGGUCCCAUUUAUGCUAUCGGGGGGCUGGAUGACAACUCGUGUUUCAGUGACGUGGAGCGUUACGAUAUAGAGUCGGACCGCUGGAGUGCUGUGGCUCCCAUGAACACUCCUAGAGGAGGGGUCGGCUCUGUUGCUUUGGGGAGUUAUGUGUACGCCGUGGGCGGGAAUGAUGGGGUGGCCUCUCUCGCCAGCGUGGAGCGCUUUGAUCCGCAUCUCAACAAAUGGACCGACGUUGCGGAGAUGGGUCAGCGGCGCGCUGGGAACGGCGUGAGCGAGCUCAACGGCUGCCUCUAUGUUGUGGGUGGAUUUGACGAUAACUCCCCUCUUAGUUCGGUCGAGCGCUUCGAUCCCAGAGUCAACCACUGGGAGUACGUUGCUGAGCUGACCACACCCAGAGGCGGAGUUGGUGUUGCCACAGUGAUGGGGCGGGUCUUUGCAGUGGGCGGGCACAACGGGAACAUCUACUUAAACACGGUGGAGGCAUUUGACCCGCGCAUGAACAGGUGGGAGCUGGUAGGCUCAGUGUCUCACUGCAGGGCAGGGGCAGGUGUUGCUGUCUGUGCCACUCACAGCAGUCAGAUCCGAGAUGUGGGCCAGGGGUCCAGCAACGUGGUGGACUGCAUGUAACUCUGAUUCCCUGUGUCUCUCUCUCACACACACACACACACACACACACACACACACACACACACACACACAGGCAAAAUGUGACAUCAGAACCCUGUUUGCACGCGCUUUCUUUCUCUCGCGCGCACACACACACACACACACACAAUGCGACAUCAAAACACUGAUUCCAUUCUCACACAAACGGCACAGUCAAGACACAGCACCACAACCCUAUUUGGACUGUUAGGUGCACAGCAAAGUCACAGUACAGCUCUACAAAUGCAUCUGAAAUGUUGUGGUUGUGGUAUAAAAUCUUAGUCACAUCACUGCUAGUAAUAUCAUAUCAAUGCUCAUUCUGUUAUAUUGCUGUAAUGACACCAAAACUAGUGUUUCAAUAACAUUUACUGAAUCAGGUAGAAAUGCUGUACACAAUCUAAACAUUUCAUUUUAUUUCAAACAAGAUGAUGAACUAUAUAGAUUAUUUCUUCUCUGUUUUCAAGUCUAGCUCUGUCUUUCUUGAACCUAAUCUCACUAAGAGCUAACGUGACACGACGGAUCAUGUUUCCCGCUUAACUAGCAUCUUAUGCUAAGUGCAGUGGACAUUCUAGUUUUCCUAGCGUUUGCAAGCGCUUGUUUUUCUAAUCGUAGCUCAUUCUCCUGAUCAUUAUCUGGCUGUCUCAUCACCUCAACUACCAAGUAACAGUAACCUAGUAAAGGCAGCGUUAGGUUAGAGGUUACAGCUGCCUGCUAACACUUGUCUCCAGAAUGGUGCCCUGAAGGAAGCUACUUUUCCUUUAGUUUACUGCUGGCUCAGUAAGAAGUGGCUUUCCAAACAAGUUUAUGAGUUUAUAAAGAUCAUGUCAGUCCAUUUCCUGGAAAGGGAACGUUUUUCUUGGUUUAUCUUAUUAUCUAUAGUGUCGUACUGAAGGCGGAAUCUGGAUUUUACUAGUGUUGGAAAGAAAUCCGAUAAUGCUAGUAAACGCACAAAUUUGAGAGAGGUUUAGACCUGUUUACAACAUUUUGACCCCUUUUUAAUAAAGACAACCUGAACCGGGCCGUGGACCUUCCAGGCCCUGUGCUUGUGCAUGUACAAUCAUCCCGAGGUGGGAGAGUUUCACUAGGUUAAAGGCGUGAGAGGGAGGAGCCACGAUCCGAAUACACCAGUGAGGCCGGGAGAAAAGAUCGGUCAAGGCCCACAUGACAACAGAUUUUUUUUUUUGUUGGAACAUGUCAAGUCGAUAUGCUUUGGUGCUUUCAUGAUUAAAAACAAACAAACAAAAAACUGAAAUAUUGUGGGUUAUGAAAAGCUAUUCAGUGAUGCUAAGAGUCAAGUCUUUAUCCUAUGAGGUCCUAGCUUUGAAAAGCUCAGCUAGACUUGUUACUGGAGUUCAUGAAUUCUGUGUAAACCUCCAAUUCUGGAAUUCCGAGAGCUUCUUGAGUUCAGAGAGAGAUAAGACUGCCGUCAUGCUGCCGAAUCAAAAUUUAGACGAAACACACGAAAACAUGGAGAUGUUUUAAUAUAAAGCUUUUUGUAGCUACUAUGAAAUACCUGUAAUUUUAUUGUAUUGUGUUGUGCACUAUUUUCUUAGACUAGAAACAAAGUCUAAUAAUAUUUUUCUCUUUUUGUGUGGAAACACACGUUACAUAUGAAUGUUUUUGAAAAAUGUUUUGGUAGUGCCAUUUCCUUCCCUACGAUCUCAUCGGAAACCAUUUUUCAGUGAUAUGUUUUGUGCAAUCUGAAUUUUUACUCUCUUUCAUAUCUUGGUUAUCUAGAUAAUUUUUGAAUUCACCUUUACUAUCAACAUUGUCUUUACACAAGGUUGAAUGGGUGGUUCACAUAUAUCUUUAUAUAUUUGUGCAUAUAUGGAUCUGGUUACAUCAGUUAACUGCAGCAAUCCCCCCCAAACAACCUAAUUAUAUGUAAGCAACCUACGUAAAUGUACACUUACAUGCUGGAAGUGGCACUGAUAGGUUUUACUAUGUUAUUUUUGAGUUAAUGGUGUUUAAUUUAAUAGUGAUGUGUGGUGAUCUGUUUACUUUCAUUGUAAAUGGUGAGUAAUUUGGAUGGACUGAUUGUGUUGGACCUGCACAUUUGUAUAGAGUUUUAAAAUGUUCACAUAUUUAAUGCACCGUUCAGGAUAAGAGAAUUAUUUCAGCACAAGGUUAUUUAUUGAACUGUGGUGGGGGAAGUGCCUACUUCCAGCAGCAAGGCUUUUAUAUCAGAUUAAAGAUUUAAACAAAGAAUGAAUGAAUGACAUAUGAGGUGAAAUCUUGGAUUGCCCUGAGAUUUCUAGUUAAGAUCCAGGGGAAUCUUUGCCUGUUUUUGGUUAUUUUCCGGUGUUAAUGCAUCGUAGCCAAUCAAGCCGUAGACACACACACACACACACACACACACACACACACACACACACACACACACACACACACACACACACACACACACACACACACACACACACACUCUCUCUGAUUAUGUCAUGGCCUUUCUAGGGGUGUCUUCAGACUGUUUUGGGAGCCACUGCCCUGUAUAUCAUUGAGUAUUUCAAGAUAAUCAUAUUUUUUUGACUGAAAUGCUACAAGUGUAUAAUUUCUGUCUGACCCCCAUUUUGGAUUUCAGGAUAUUUGUCUGUGGUGGAUGCACGGGUCCUUUACAGUGGAGUGUUUUUUUAAAGCGUUUGAGUUGAUAAUUGUUUAAACAGAUGCGAUAUUAACUUCUUAAUGUACUGUAUUUUCCUUGACUCUUUGCUUUGAUCAGUUUGUUUGUAUUCAAAUAAAGUUAUGAGAAAUGCAGUAAUAAAAUUAA